AUGGAUUCCCAGGAACAAGUUCUCUUGGAACUUUUGUGGUUCGAAGAGAACGUGUUUGUUCCUUGGUACAGCAUUUUGUUGCAAGGUCAAGGAGAUAUUGACCAUAACAUUUUUCUUCCGGUAGUUUGCAAGAUAAUUUAUUUUGGUCAAUAUCACAUAGCAAGGCGAGCAAAAACGGUCGCUAACCGUACUACGUACCAGUCAAGUAGCUCUCCAUUUGACCAAACGACAGUGUUUGUGGCGGGUACAGGGCAGGAUAGGGCAGUCGUAAGACCAGAUCCUAGAAAGGGUUGCACAUGUUUCUGGCAAUGGUCACUGGUGUAUUUACGCCCGCAAGUUUCCUGUCGACUUUUUUUCUUUGGUGUAACAAUGCAAAAGCUUCUUGCAAUGGGUUCUUUGCCCAGUGUUGAUGAUUUUUUCAGUAACUUGGGCCUUUUCCAAAUUACACAACGAUAUAGCUUAUUUAAUGUCAUCUUAGCUUUGGUAAGGUUCAGCUGCAUGAGAAUACAGAUAUGGGUAAACAUAUUGGGUAGAGCAGCUAAAACAGCGGUAUGGAAUACUCUUAUCGUCGCAUUUAGCCAUCGAAUACAUGUCCGAAGACGACUCUCCCGAGUUUUAUGUAAGGAGAUAGUCUUUUUCUGGCCAGUACAGAAAAUUACUAGAGCUUACUCAAGACUGGGGUAG